AGAUAAACUAAAUAUUAUUGUAAACCCUAAAUCUGUUGCUUUGGCAAGUGGAGACAUUUGAACAAGGCAGGAGUUUUUGUUCAUGGAAAAAAUGUAGCGAUGGCAACUGCGCCAACAGCUGAGAGGCGGCUGUCCAAACAUAGCUCUAAUGUCAAAAGUGACAAGCACGUAACGACACACGGACGGGCCCGUUCAGGAGAAGUUCGGCCCACCGCUCACCAGCUGUCACACCUGACAACGAGGCGGAACUGUUUAGUACGUAUCGUUGUUUUCACACGGAUCAUCGGCAUUCCCAGACAUGGCAACUUGCACGCGGACGGUGUGGAAAGUUUUAGGAGGAUGUCAGAGGCACCUGCUGAGAGCCGGUGCAUACACAAGCGCCUCACAAAUUCCUACAAGGCAUCUAUCUUCCAAGACUGUUGCCACUCUAAAGUCAUUAAAGAAAGGCAAGAAAGAUGACACGCAGAAGAAAGAGGAGAAGAAAGAAAAGAGGGUAAUUGAUGACAAAGACAGACAUAAGCCUUUUGGCAAGACAGCAUGGAUGCCUGUGGAUGACGUGUACGUUAGGACGUACUACCCCAUGACGAUCUAUGACGCAGCAGAAGCCAUCGACAUGCUGAAGAACUUUCAAGUGUUGGACUUCACUCCCCGCAAGCAGCCUGUUUACAUCGAUCUGAGGCUAAACAUGGAACUGGAGAAAAAGAGAAAAGUGGACCCCUUUGUCAGCACAGUGCAUUUACCACACCCCUUCAAGACCGAGAUAAACAAAGUUUUAGUUUUUACUGAGGAUGCUAACCAAGCUAAAGCUGCACUGGAGAACGGAGCUGUAUUAGCUGGAGGAGCAGAGCUCAUACAGCCGAUCUUAGAUGACGAGAUUUCAGCAGACUUCUAUGUAGCAGUGCCAGAUAUUCUGCCGAAGCUCGUACCUUUGAAAAACAAACUGAGGAAGAAAUUUCCAAAGAGCAAGAGAGGCUCAGUCAGCAUCAACAUUCCCGAGUUGUUGGAGUUCUUUAAAGCAAGUCACGAGUACCAGGUGGAGAACGACUGCUUCGUCAGGACCCAGAUAGCCAUGCUCGACAUGCCCAAAGAACACAUCUUUGCCAACCUGAAAGCUGUCCUGAUGAACGUUUGCUCACACCGACCAGCCAAUAUGGGACCUUUCAUUGAGCGGGCAAUCAUCGCCAGUCACACCAGUGAAGCGCUGUGGUUUAACAGCGAAGACAUUGUACGGAAACCAGCAGAGAAGAAGGAGGAGAAGGAGGAGGAUGAGGAGGAAUGACCUGUUUCCGAUGUAUAUAUUCGCUGUAUUGAAUAAAGUAUUUGUUCUGAGUUUGCUUCCUGUACUGGUACCUAUUGUUUAAAAAUCCCAAGAGAAUUAAAGGAGGACAAAAUAUA